GGAAAUGUCGCCGUCCGGCAUCAGUUACAGAGAGCUCUAUCCAGUAAAGCCGGUGGAAGUGGAAAGAGCGGCAACGUUUCAGCUGCUGUGGAUUCGAUGCUUCUGCGUUCCCUUAAAGAACAUUAUCUUGAAGUUUCAAAGAUGACCCCUCCUCCGAAAGUGAGUCCUCCUUCGCCAUUUGAGAUUGUGAAAGGAUCGCUUGAAGGAACUGGAGGAGCUGUUCUGAAGAAAUCUGUUGGA